AUGGCUGGCGCCGUUGCUGCAUCAGCUGGACGGUGCAGCACCCACUGCAGCACCCCGAGAAGGGGGCCAGCAGCAGCAGCACGAGUCAACGUUCUUUCUGUAUGUGCUGCUAGAUCUCCUGCUGCCGCCUCUGCGAAAGAAUAUUGCAGUGUUGCAACGCCGCUCCUAUGCUACCGCGCGGCUGUGCAUGUGGCCGCAGCAGCCGCUGAAGCGGAAAUAGCUGACGCUCGGGUUGCUGCUGCAGCGGCCGCUAAAGCAGCAGCAGACGACCGCCUUUUCCGCAGCAGAGGGACUGUGCAGCGCAUGCAUACUGCCGCACUCGAAGGCGCAACAGCAGCAGCGACGCCUGUAGGACAUGACAUUGCUUUUGCAGCAACUGCAGGAGAAGGGAGUUUACCCACUUUGGCAGCAGCAAAGGCUGCAGAUCACGCAAAGGGCGACGCCACCAAUACUGCUGCUCCUGCUGCGCUUCCAGCUCAUUGGCUUACGAUGGCCUCUGCCUAUGAGCACUUAGCCGACACUUUCUUGCUGGAGCAUGCGCAUCUUGAGAGUGGGAGACGCGGUGAGUGCUGCGCGGAUGCAGCUCAUGCUGUGUUGCAUGAAGCUGCACCCCCUGCUUUUGGAAGAGAGCGAUCACAAGCUGCAGCUGCAGCCGCUGCUGUCGCAGGAGAAACAUGA